AUGCCUCGGGCCCUCGCCAAGGUCGGCGACCAUAUUGUCGCCGAGACAGAGACCUGGGAAACGGUCGAAGGAAACAUCUAUGUAUAUCGUCCUUGCUUGUCAUCUACUGUUGUAGGGUUUGCCUUGGUCCACGCUCAUGAUGCACAGUUCCCACCGUCGGCGAUCAAAGAUCAGAGCCUCCUCCAGCACUCGGAUUUGUCCACUUUUUGCUCAUGGAAGGGCUAUGCUUCAUACUGGAACGUGGCUGUAGAUGGUAAAACCAUUGAAAAUGCUGCCUGGUACUACAAGGAGCCGUACGACGCAGCAAAGAACAUCAAAGACUACAUUGCAUUCUACAAGGACAAAGUGGAGAUUGUGGAGGAAUAG